AAAAUGACUCGAUUCGAAUGGUCUAUUUUCACGACCAGACUGUGGCCAUCGUGGAGUUGGAGCCCGACAAGUUGCUGCUGAAUUGCGAGCUGAUUGAAGUCUACCAGCCCGAAGACGCCAUCAAGGCCCUCGGAGACUUCCAGCACGUCUCCCGCCCCGUCGCAAUCUCCUUCAAAGAAAUGACAACUUUAAUGCGGCAAUGCCAGCAAGUCGAAGACAGCAAAUCAGCCCACGAGCUUUCCAAAAACAUCACUGCACACCCGAUCGCUGGUCGGGGAAUCCUCGCCAACAACCCGUUUGUCCUCCUCAGCGGCAUCAUCCCCGGGAAGAAAUGGUGCGGCACGGGUGACAUCGCCAAGGACUACUACGACCUGGGGGCCGAACCCACCGUCGAUAAGUGUUGCAGAGCUCACGAUUUGUGCCCCGUCAAAGUSAGGGCUUUUUCGCAAAGAUAUAACAUCACGAAUGAUUCGUUAUAUACGAAAUCGCAUUGCUUGUGCGACGAUCAGUUGUACUCGUGUCUCAAGGAGAAUCCAUCACCGACGGCGCAUAUCAUGGGGACCAUUUAUUUUAAUUUAGUGCAAAUUCCGUGUUUGGAGGAUACGCAAAAUGGGAAAGUUUUCAGGAAGCCGAAAGAGAAGUUCUAAGCUCAAUCAAGUGCCUAAUUUUAAUAAAUUAUUUUAAGUAAAA